AUGGCGUUGCGUACCAUCUCGCCGCAACUCUCGAAUCGAACAAGUCCUCCGGUAACCCGUUCUGUGUCUCGCAGCGGUCUCCGUCAGCCAUACGACCCUCUUCACACAUCAACGCCGCUGACUCGUAGACCGGGAUCACACAUCGACACUGUCGAACGGGUCUUCGAAUCGGCCGAUGACACCGACAUCGAUUUGAAUUCGUCAAAGUUCAUUUACAAGGAGCACUUUACCGUCACAGAAAUGACGUCGAUGAAGAAGGAAAUGUGGUGAGAAUUCAGAAGGCGAGUCGGGAAAGCAGGCAGGUUUUAUAGGUAUGACUGGCUGAGCUAUCGCAUUCGAAUGGCCAGACGUCGCUUUGUUCCAUCACUCAAGACUCUGCGGGAGCUAUUCAUGAUCGUCGUGCUCGCCGCCAUGUUUUGCAGUUGUAAGCCAAAGUCUGUUGCUCCACAAAAAACAGUUGUCCAUAUUUAAAGAUCUCCGUGACUGCUAUUACACCGAGGCAAGGAAACAUGGCAACAGCAAUCAGCUGUCAGCCUCCGAACUCACUGAGCAGCAGAAGUUCUAUCAAUCGGUAAAACUACAAGUCUCCCUCGAUCAAAAUAAAAUUUUCUGUUCUGUUCAGAUUUCAAACAUCAAAUCGGAAUUCAAAAAUCUUGAAAAACAGAUAAACUGGAGGAUUCAGAACAUAGAAAAUAUUGAGAACCAGCUGGAGGCGGUUAACGGAUGGAAGCAAUCUGUGAUGAACGAACUCUCGGAGCUCAAAAUUUCUCAAUCCACCCUUGAUGAGAUUGUCCACAAUGUGAAGAUCGAUUUGGACGAAGAGGUUACUCGACAUUUUGAUAAACUAUCAAUCUCCUUUUGAUUCAGAAGCAAAAGGCGCAAAAGACGAUUUCCACCGAGCCGGAGGCCUCAAAGACUGCCCAAUCUACUCCCGUUGAUCUUCAACUCCACCACACGAUUCAUUCGUCAGUUUUCCAGCGAACUGUGCCGGGCGUGAACGUGGCGAGCAGUCUGAUCGGCGCUUCAAUCGACGAGACGUGCUCCUCACGUCCCGCAUCCGCCAAAGAUGGAGUUUUCUAUGACGUCAUGUCGUACAUGGUCUCGUUCAAAGGAGAAUACGUUCUGCUCGAACGGGAUGUUCUGACCCCCGGAGAGGCGUGGUGCACUUACGACAAACGCCCGACUCUUACCGUCAAACUGGCCAGAUACAUUCAUCCGACUGCCGUCUCCUACCAGCAUGUCAAGUGGAACGGAAUAGUUCCCAACCACGCCCCGAAGUUCUAUGACGUUGUUGUGAGUUAUUUUCUUUUUCGUUCGGGAAAUAAAAAAACGAAUGUCUUUCAGGCUUGCCGUUCCGAGUGCUGCCUCGAUUGGGAACUGUUGGUUGUCGACUGUGAGUACAAGGCUUCUGGAGACAACCAAGACGAACAGGAGCAAGUUUGCACAGUGGCUCCAUCUCUCCAAUCGACUCCUGUGAAUGCCGUGCAGUUCCGCUUCCGAGAGAAUCACGGGAACAUGCCGAAGACGUGCGCCUAUCUUGUUCGUGUCUACGGAGAGCCAAUCCCGCCGCCGAAAGAGCACACCCGCCUUCAAAUGGACAACGGCUCCGCGCAUCUCGAGUCGGAGCUGCUGAGCUCUCUGCCAAAGUCCGUCUAA